UAUAAACAUUCGUUAUUGAAGAAAGAGGAAAAUCAUGGACAACAUAUGCAAAAUGGCGAAACCAGACUCAGAAUCAGAAUCAGAAUCUGAUGUCUCCUAUACGGAACCUGGUAUUGCAGAGAACCCAGUUUCAGAUUUAUUUCCUCCCACUGACAUCAUACUGGAGGUGGAGGGAAUUGACAUACACGUCAACAAACAGGUAUUGAUGGACAACUCAGACGUGUUCAAGGCCAUGUUUGAAAGUGAAUUCCGUGAAAAGCACGAGGAGAAAAUACCCCUGCCAGGGAAAAACUAUGAUGACUUCGUAGAAUUUUUGAGCACUUUUUAUCCACCCACUUGUGCUCCGAUAACAGAGGAAACAAUUCUGAAGGUCGCCCCUUUAGCUGAUGAAUACGAAGUGGAUUCAGUUCAACGCCAAUGUGAAUCCUUUCUCAGAGAAGUAUGCCAGAAAGCUUGUGAUGACAAAUGCAACACUAUUCAAGUAUCUGUACUGGUGAAUUAUGUCGCCUGCGCUGAGAAGUACCGUAUGACCUCUGUUCUACCGUUGGCCAUUCGUCUAUGUGCUGAACGUAGCACCUGUCUGCUGAGAAAGGCUGGGCUCCACACUAAGAUUUCUGAAGAGACGGCCAAUCAGAUCUUUGAUUCUCGAGAAAAAAUGACAGAAGAAGGAGUUAAAUCAUGUCUGCUGAAGGGAAUAGGUCUGGAGAGCAGCAUUAAAAAGACUGCAGAAAAGCAUGGCGUUGAACCUGGAAGUUAUUUGGCAGAUAUGUGUCCAUUCUUAAGCAAAUGGAUUUUGUGCAGCAAAAGUGAAAACACUAUCAAAUCUUGCUUCAAUGCUUUUAAAAGAUGGGAGGUUUUCAGCACAACACAAGGACACAGUGCGUUACCGGCAAGUCCGAUCCACGUAGCAUUAUAUUUGACACAUUUAUUACAGUCGGGGGCAUCUCAACAUUCCGUGAACAAUGCGGUAUACGCUAUUACGUGGGCUCAUGAUUGUGCGGGUUUAAUUGAUCCAACGAAAAAUUCAUUUGUUAAUUCUGUACAAGAAGCUGCAAGACGAAAAGCCAGUCAUAGUAUCCAGAAAAAAAAGAAUUCAUCACCAAGGAUGUGUUAAUUGCACUUAGUGAUACAUUUAUUGAUGAAAGUGAUUUGUUAAUUGUAAGAAAUAUUACAAUGAUUUAGUUUUAUUUUGCCGGUUUCCUUAGGUUCGAUGAGGUUAGCUCAUUAACAUUUAAUGAUGUUAUUGUACGUGAUGAUUACUUAGUGUUGUUUAUUAAGAAAUCCAAAACAGAUCAGUACAGACAAGGGAGCGAAGUUCUUAUAGCUAAAGGUUCAACGUCUGCAUGUCCAGUCAAUAUGUAUUUGAGAUAUUUAGAUCUUCUGGGUUCAAUUGAUGACAAGCAAUGUUUCUUAUUUAGACCAAUUUUUAGGUCUAAAGAUGUUUGUAAAUUAAUUUAUAAGAACAAAAAGCUUAGUUAUACUGCGGCUAGAAGCAAUAUUUUGUCUUUGUUAAAGACUGUCGUUGGUGAACACGUUGUAUUGUAUUGUAUUGUUUAUUGGCUUUAAGCCUUACGGCUCAUCAGCAUAAUACAUAUUCAAUUACAAAGUAUAAACAAAAAAGAUGUAUACAGUAUGAAAAGUGGAGUGAAUAUUAGAGGAUGGACAUACAUGAAGAGAGUUAUAAGACAAGUUUACAUAAAAAGAAACCAACAAAAACCAGCAUAUGCAUUAAACGAUAGUUUGGCUAGAUCGUAAGAGUAAAGCACCUUUUAAAAAUUUACCCAGAUUACAGAUUUGUUUUCUAUUAUGAAUUGACAUCAAUUGUACCAGUUUAAACAUAGAAGCAUGCGACCAAUAAUAUUUUUUUAUAUAUGCAGAUCUGAGGUUUUUGUACAAAGGACAUAUUAAAAUAAAAUUAUAUUCGUCUUCAACUUCGUUCAAAUUACAAAAUUCACACAAUCGAUCUUGUCUUGCUGUGCCAUUAUAUCUACCUUGUUCAAUUCUAAGCUGGUGAGCAGACAAUCUAAAUUUUGCUAAAAUAUUAAAAAGAUUUUCCGGAAUAGAUUUUGUCAAGUAAAAUUGAAUGGUAACAUUAUCAAUAAGGUGUCUAUACAGAAUACAUUUGGGUGAAUUAUCAAAAAAUUCAUCUCGUGACUUCAUGAAGUUGUCAGUUAAACAACAGUGCCGUUCUGUGUAAAAAUUGACAUAUCAUUUAAGAUGCAAUCAAAUAAAUCGCAAUUAUACUUUGUGUAGUAAACGUUAUGAUCAUGAGGUAUAUACGCAAAACAGAUAUAAAUAUCGGGAUGAUCUCUUUGUUCUACUCUUAACCAUAUGAGUGUGUCUUCAACACAUUUAACAAUUGAUACAAACUUACGAAAUGUUUUUCUGUAUAACAGCACAAGGCCACCGCCUUUACCCUUCAGUCUAGGAAAACAUUUGUAUUCAAAUUCGUCGUUUAACCAAUCGCACUUUAGAGCUGUUCCAGG